AUGAAUGAUGCACAUGUGGUCUGCAGAGAGCUUGGAUGUGGACCAGCUCUGUCAGCACCAGGAAGUGCCCGUUUUGGUCAAGGCUCGGGCAGCAUCCUCCUGGACAAUGUGGAGUGCACAGGAAGCGAAUCUUCCCUGCUACAGUGUUCUCACGCAGGUUGGGGCACACAUAACUGUGGUCAUCAUGAAGAUGCCAGUGUCAUCUGCUCAGAACAUUACUUGCGGUUAGUUAAUGGAAGGAACAGAUGUGAAGGUCGCCUUGAAGUAUAUCAUGACAGAAGCUGGGGGACUGUCUGUGAUGAUAUUUGGAGCCUGAAUCAUGCACACGUUGUCUGCAGUGAGAUUGGUUGUGGACCAGCUCUUUCGGCACCAGAAAGUGCACACUUUGGUGAAGGCUCAGGCCACAUCCACCUGGACAAUGUGGAGUGCACAGGAAGGGAAUCUUCCCUGCUUCGUUGUUCUCAUACAGAUUGGGGAACACAUAACUGUAACCAUCGCGAAGAUGCCAGUGUCAUCUGCUCAGAACAUUCCUUGCGAUUAGUUAAUGGAAGAAACAGGUGUGAAGGUCGCCUUGAAGUGUAUCAUAAUAGAGACUGGGGGACUGUCUGUGAUGAUAUUUGGAGCCUGAAUCAUGCACACGUUGUCUGCAGAGAGCUUGGAUGUGGACCAGCUCAGUCAGCACCAGGAAAUGCUCGCUUUGGUCAAGGCUCAGGCCACAUCCUCCUGGACAAUGUGCAGUGCACAGGAAAUGAAUCUUCCCUGCUUCAGUGUUCUCACAGAGGUUGGGGAACACAUGACUGUGGUCAUCAGGAAGAUGCCAGUGUCAUCUGCUCAGAAACGCCCUUGCGAUUGGUUAAUGGAAGUACCAAGUGUGAAGGUCGUCUUGAAGUAUAUCACAGUAGAACCUGGGGGACUGUCUGUGAUGAUAUUUGGAACCUGAAUCAUGCACAUGUGGUCUGCAGAGAGCUUGGAUGUGGACCAGCUCUGUCAGCACCAGGAAGUGCCCAUUUUGGUCAAGGCUCAGGCAACAUCCUCUUGGACAAUGUACAGUGCAAAGGAAAUGAAACUUCCCUGCUUCAUUGUUCUUACGCAGGUUGGGGCACACAUAACUGUGGUCAUCAUGAAGAUGCCAGUGUCAUUUGCUCAGCUGCCUUGAGAUUAGUUAAUGGAGGCAACAGAUGUGAAGGUCGCCUUGAGGUAUAUCGUAAUGGCAGCUGGGGAACAGUCUGUGAUGAUCUUUGGAGCAUGAAUGAUGCACAUGUUGUCUGCAGAGAGCUUGGAUGUGGACCAGCUCAGUCAGCACCAGGAAGUGCCCAUUUUGGUCCAGGCUCAGGCAACAUCCUCCUGGACGAUGUACAGUGCACAGGAAGCGAAUCUUCCCUACUUCAGUGUUCUCACAGAGGUUGGGGAACGCAUAACUGUGGUCAUGCUGAAGAUGCCAGUGUCAUUUGCUCAGAACAUUCCUUGCGAUUAGUUAAUGGAAGAAACAGGUGUGAAGGUCGUCUUGAAGUUUAUCAUGAUAGAACCUGGGGGACUGUCUGUGAUGAUCUUUGGAGCAUGAAUGAUGCACAUGUGGUCUGCAGAGAGCUUGGAUGUGAACCAGCUCAGUCAGCACCAGGAAGUGCCCGUUUUGGUCCAGGCUCGGGCAAUAUCCUCCUGGACAAUGUGGAGUGCACAGGAAGUGAAUCUUCCCUGCUUCAAUGUUCUCACAGAGGUUGGGGAACACAUGACUGUGGUCAUCAGGAAGAUGCCAGUGUCAUCUGCUCAGGCAUAAUUUUCCCUCUCUUGCGUGCAUAUCGGGAAAAUGGGGAAGACUUGGAGUCCAAAUCCUACCUCACUCUACUCCUGACUUUCCCAAGAACACCCUCUUUCUCCAACACCAGAGCACAAACAGCAGACCUUUCUGCUGCUGGUCUAGAGAGUCAGUCAUACGAGGACCUCUCUGUCCAAAAGUCAACCUCUCCACCAGUAGAAAGUGCUCAGCAGUUGCGUUUAGUGAAUGGAUGGAACAAGUGUGUUGGGAGAGUUGAGGUCAACUACGAAGGAACUUGGGGGACUGUUUGUGAUGACAACUUUGAUAAGAAAAAUGCACAUGUAGUGUGCAGACAACUUGAUUGUGGAGAGGCAACCACGGUGUAUGGAUGGUCUUAUUUUGGCCGAGGAGCUGGACCCAUACUCCUGGACGAUGUGAACUGCACAGGAAGUGAACUCUACCUCUGGGACUGUCCUCAUGCUACAUGGUUGGUAAAUGACUGUGGGCACAAUGAAGACAUCAGUGUCGUCUGCUCAGAUGCUGGAGAUCAACCAACAGGUUACUUGCCUGUCCAGUUGGUCAGCGGAAGCUCAAGCUGUGAAGGCCGCGUUGAAGUGCUUUCUGACGGCCAAUGGGGAACAGUGUGUGAUGACACCUGGAAUCUAAGAGCUGCAACUGUUGUAUGCCAGCAACUUGGUUGCGGUGAAGCCAUCUCGGCUCUGAGAGGUGCUCCUUUUGGCCAAGGCACAGGAGAUAUUGUUCUGGACAAUGUGGAUUGUGAUGGAAAUGAGACAAGUCUGGGAGAAUGCAACCAUCAAGGAUUAUAUAAUACUAACUGUAAUCACAGCGAAGAUGCAGGUGUUAUUUGUUCAGCUCACACGUAUUCUACAACACCAGAAGGAACCACUGCAACAUUGUUGACAACAGAAGGAACCACCCAAGCAAUAAGCACAACUGAGGAAACGGUUACCCCUGAGAUGCCAACCACAACUCAAGGAGGUACACAACAGUCUGAGAAAAUUAGUCUGACCUCUGUGCAUGAGACUUCGCCAUCAGGAACAUCAGCAAAUCCUUUCUUCCUAAGACUGGUGAAUGGAGAGAACAGCUGUCAGGGUCGUGUUGAAGUCUAUCAUAAUGGGGAGUGGGGGACCAUCUGUGAUGAUGAAUGGGACAUUAAUGAUGCUCGCAUUGUCUGCAAAGAAGUUGGUUGUGGAGAAGUCAUUUCAGCUCCAACAGGUGCCGAAUUUGGUCAAGGCUCCGGCAGCAUCCUUCUGGAUGCUCUACAGUGCAGUGGGAAUGAAUCUUCUCUUAAGGACUGCCCCCAUAAGGGAUGGGGGGUCCAUGACUGCAAGCAUAAGGAAGAUGCCAGCGUCAUCUGCUCAGAACCUAUAACCACUACAGUAGAACCCAUCACAUCUGGCCCCAUAACCACCACAGAAAUACCCAUUACAUCAGGAACUCCACCACCUCCAUCUACUGAACAGAGUGUUACAACAGUGAAUACUCCUUUGGAAACAUCAGCAAGUCCUUUCUCCCUAAGACUGGUGAACGGAGAGAACAGCUGUCAGGGUCGCCUUGAAGUCCACCAUGAUGGGACCUGGGGAACUGUCUGUGAUGAUGAUUGGGACUUGAAAGAUGCUCAGGUUGUGUGCCAACAACUUGGUUGUGGAGAAGCCACUGCAGCCCUGCUAAGUGCCUACUUUGGCAAAGGCUCUGGCAGCAUCCUCCUGAAUGCUGUACAAUGCAAAGGAAAUGAAUCUUCUUUUGAGGACUGUUCUCAUAAUGGAUGGGGAGUCCAUGACUGCAAACAUAAGGAAGAUGCCAGUGUUAUCUGCUCAGGACCUCUAACUACCACAGAAACACCCAUUACAUCUGGAACUCCACCACCACAAUCUACAGAACAGAGUGUUACAACUGAGAUUUCACCAUCAGAAACAUCAGCAAGCCCUUUCUCCCUAAGACUGGUGAAUGGAGAGAACAGCUGUCAGGGUCGCCUUGAAGUCCACCAUGAUGGGACCUGGGGAACAGUCUGUGAUGACGGUUGGGACUUGAAGGAUGCUCAGGUUGUGUGCCAACAACUUGGUUGCGGAGAAGCCAUUGCAGCUCUCACAAAUGCCCACUUUGGCCACGGCUCUGGCAGCAUCCUCCUGAAUGAAGUACAUUGCGAAGGAAAUGAAUCUUCUUUUGAGUACUGCUCCCAUAAUGGAUGGGGAGUUCAUGACUGCAAACAUAAGGAAGAUGCCAGCGUUAUUUGCUCAGGACCCCUCACCACCACAGAAAUACCCAUUACAUCAGAGAAUGCUCCAUCGGGAACAUCAGCAAGUCCUUUCUCCCUAAGACUGGUGAAUGGAGAGAACAGCUGUCAGGGUCGCCUAGAAGUCUACCAUGAAGGGACCUGGGGAACUGUCUGUGAUGACGAUUGGGACUUGAAGGAUGCUCAGGUUGUGUGCCAGCAACUUGGUUGCGGAGAAGCCACUGCAGCCCCACUAAGUGCCCACUUUGAGCAAGGUUCUGGCAGCAUCCUCCUGAAUGCAGUACAUUGUGAAGGGAAUGAAUCUUCUUUUGAGGACUGUUCUCAUAAUGGAUGGGGAGUCCAUGAUUGCAAACAUAAGGAAGAUGCCAGUGUUAUCUGCUCAGGACCCAUCACCACCACUGAAACAUCCAUUACAUCUGGAACUCCACCUCCACAAUCUACAGAACAGAGGGUGACAACUGAGAAUGCACCAUUAGGAACAUCAGCAAAUCCUUUCUCCCUAAGACUGGUGAAUGGAGAGAACAGCUGUCAGGGUCGUGUUGAAGUCUAUCAUAAUGGGGAGUGGGGGACCGUCUGUGAUGAUGAAUGGGACAUUAAUGAUGCUCGCAUUGUCUGCAAAGAAGUUGGUUGUGGAGAAGUCAUUUCAGCUCCAACAGGUGCCGAAUUUGGUCAAGGCUCCGGCAGCAUCCUUCUGGAUGCUGUACAGUGCAGUGGGAAUGAAUCUUCUCUUAAGGACUGCCCCCAUAAGGGAUGGGGGGUCCAUGACUGCAAGCAUAAGGAAGAUGCCAGCGUCAUCUGUUCAGGAACUCCACCUCCACAAUCUACAGAACAGAGGGUGACAACUGAGAAUGCACCAUCAGGAACGUCAGCAAGCCCUUUCUCCCUAAGACUGGUGAACGGAGAGAACAGCUGUCAGGGUCGCCUUGAAGUCCACCAUGAUGGGACCUGGGGAACUGUCUGUGAUGAUGAUUGGGACUUGAAAGAUGCUCAGGUUGUGUGCCAACAACUUGGUUGUGGAGAAGCCACUGCAGCCCUGCUAAGUGCCUACUUUGGCAAAGGCUCUGGCAGCAUCCUCCUGAAUGCUGUACAAUGCAAAGGAAAUGAAUCUUCUUUUGAGGACUGUUCUCAUAAUGGAUGGGGAGUCCAUGACUGCAAACAUAAGGAAGAUGCCAGUGUUAUCUGCUCAGGACCUCCAGCCACCACAGAGGCACCCAUUACAUCUGGAACUCCACCACCACAGUCUACAGGACAGAGCAUUACAACUGAUGAUUCUUCUUCGGGAACAACAGCAAAUCCUUUCUCCCUAAGACUGGUGAAUGGAGAGAACAGCUGUCAGGGUCGUGUUGAAGUCUACCAUGAUGGGAGCUGGGGAACAGUCUGUGAUGAUGAUUGGGACAUGAAGGAUGCUCAGGUUGUGUGCAAAGAACUUGGUUGUGGAGAAGCCAUUUCAGCUCCACUAAGUGCCCACUUUGAGCAAGGCACUGGCAGUAUCCUCCUGGAUGCAGUACAGUGCGAAGGGAAUGAAUUUUCUCUUGAGAAAUGCUCCCAUAAGGGAUGGGGAGUCCAUGACUGCAAACAUAAGGAAGAUGCAAGUGUCAUUUGCUCUGCAUUGACACCUCUGAGUACCACUCCUGCACCUCAGCCUAGCACCAAGGCAUCCACUACUUCUGCUAACCAUCCUGCUUUGCCAGAUGGCACCGUGAGACUAGUCAACGGAAGGAACCGAUGUGAGGGACGGGUUGAAGUACUUCACAAUGGAAUUUGGGGGACAAUCUGCGACGACGAGUGGGACUUAAGCGAUGCAAGUGUUGUGUGCAGGCAGCAGAAAUGUGGGCCCGCUCGCUCAGCAACAGCUAAUGCUCUGUUUAAUGAAGGCUCAGGGCCAAUUCUUAUGGAUGAUGUCAGGUGCACUGGGAAUGAAAUCAGCUUGGGACACUGUUCCCACAGAGGCUGGGGAUUGCACAAUUGUCUCCAUAGAGAAGAUGCUGGUGUCAUUUGCUCAGUACCAACUGUGAGCACUCCUACUCCAAGAGCAUCUGUGAAACUAGUCAAUGGAAGACACAGAUGUGAAGGACGGAUUGAAGUGUUUCACAAUGGAAGGUGGGGGACGGUCUGCGAUGAUGCGUGGGACUUAAAUGAUGCGAGUGUCGUAUGCAAGCAGCUUGGAUGUGGGCCUGUUAUUGCAGCACCAGGACAGGCUCGAUUUGGUCCUGGUCCAGGCACAAUCCUCCUGGAUGAUGUCUCCUGCACUGGGAAGGAAUGGCACUUGGGCCAGUGCUCUCACAGAGGCUGGGGGGUACAUAAUUGCCUCCGCAGUGAAGAUGCUAGUGUCAUCUGCGCAGAACCAGUCCAGACCACUGCUGCUCCAACAGAAGGUGCUGUGAAACUAGUCAAUGGAAGACAUGCAUGUGAAGGGCGGGUUGAAAUCUUUCACAACGGAAGAUGGGGGACAGUCUGUGACGAUUUGUGGGGCAUGACCCACGCACAAGUUGUGUGCAGGAAGCUUGGUUGUGGAGACGCUGUCUCGGCACUCGGAAAGGCGCCAUUUGGUGAAGGCACAGGUCCAAUUCUUAUGGAUGAUGUCCGCUGCACUGGGAAUGAAGACAGCUUGAGUCAGUGCUCCCACAGAGGCUGGGGAAUACAUAAUUGUGUUCAUAGGGAAGAUGCUGCUGUCAUGUGCUCAGGUAAACUUGGGUUUCUGGAUAAUGGAUAA